AUGACCUCGCUGAUCCUGAUGUUCAUCGUCGGCGCCCCGCUGAAUUUGGCCGCCUACACGCAGCUCUCCGAACGCCCCAUCCACACACGGCUCGACAUCCUGAAGCGGCACCUGAACAUGACCGAUCUGUUGGUCAUCUUCGUCUACGUACCAAGCAGGGCAUGCUGGCUGAUGACGUACGACUGGCGGGGUGGGGAUCUGCUGUGCAAAGUCGUCAAAUUUCUGCAUACCUUUGCGUUUCAGUCCUCGUCGAACGUGAUCGUCUGCAUCGCCAUCGACCGCUUGCUCUCCGUGCUCUCACACGCGCACAACUCGCCCUCAAAAGCUCAUCGCAGAACUCGAUGCAUGCUAUCGGUUGCCUGGACGAUCGCGUUCAUCUCCUCCCUACCCCAGCUGGCCAUCUGGAGAAACUACCUAGCCUUCAAGAAAGAAAACUGGAAUCAAUGCCUCCAGACCUGGGAGAUCACCCGAAUCGAGAUGAGCAUGCGCGGCGUCGUCGAUGACGCCGUCAAGAACCGGCUGUACUCGCUGGAGACGCUCUAUUCGGUUAUCCAUAUGGGAAUGGUGUUCUGGAUCCCGGUGUUGAUUGUCCUGCUCUGCUACGUGGUGGUCCUGUGGUGGGUCUGGGUCAACUCCAGGCCGUCGCUGUCAGGUGCGUCUCUGCGUGUGAUUCGGGGCCCCUCGCUGCCCACCGCCUUUGACUCCAACGACACCACCCUGCUCACCAGGGCUUCGGAGUGGAAGCCGCUGAAAACGUUCAAGAAGAAUGGUAACACAUCAAACUUGGAAGAGAAAAAAAUGCCGAAAAUCGUUGUCUCCGAUGAAAGCUGCGGUCUGCAGCCGACCACGGACCCCCAAAGGACAUCCAUUACCUCGACAGAAGCAUACUCGAAGGCCGGCGUCCAUAUGGGCAACAGCCAAUCGUACAAUGCGAGAAUUACAAGAUCGCGCGCAAUCAGAGUAUCAUUCCAACUCGUCGCAGCCUACAUAGUUUUCUGGCUGCCGUACAACCUUCUCGGAGUCCUACGGAUUGCGGACCCCAGUAUACUUCCCCGAGCAGAGAUCAGCAGGCUAUACUUUCUACAUGAACUGAUCGUCUUCAACUCGGUCAUAAACCCGUAUCUUUACGGGCUUUUCGGCAAUCUUCGCAAGCCGGUUUCGAGGAACUACGAC